GCGGCCGUGGGCAGCGCGGGCAGCGCGGGCAGCGCGGGGGCGGCCCGGAGCGCGCCGGGGUCCCCGCGCCCCGCUCGCCCGCCGCGCUCUGAAGAUGGUGGCGGCGCCGUGCGCCCGGAGGUUGGCCCGGCGUUCUCACUCGGCGCUGCUCGCGGCGCUCACCGUGCUGCUGCUGCAGACGCUGGUCGUGUGGAAUUUCAGCAGCCUCGACUCCGGGGCCGGCGAGCGCCGCGCGGGCGCAGCGGUCGGCGGCGCCGCCGAGCAGCCGGCCCCAGCCCCGGCUCCGCGCCGGGAGCGCCGGGACCUGCCCGCGGAGCUGGCUGCAGCCCGAGGAGGAGGCGGCAGUGAAGGAGGACGGGGGCUCCCGGCACGGGUGCGGGGAGGCGGCCCCGGAGAUCCGCGGGCGCAGCAGUCGGCCCGCCGAGGGGCACUGCCCGCUCGGGAGCUGGAACCACACCCGAGUCCACUGAUCACCCUGGAGACCCAGGAUGGCUACCUCUCUCACCGGCCAAAAGAAAAAGUGCGAACCGACAGCAACAAUGAGAACUCGGUGCCCAAGGAUUUUGAGAACGUAGACAACAGCAACUUCGCCCCAAGGACCCAGAAGCAGCAGAACCAGCCCGAGCUGGCCAAGAAGCCCCAGGGCCGAACGAAGGAGCAUCUGAAAAGAAAAUCCUCGGAGCAGCUGGACAAAGGGAAGGGCCACUCACUCCUGGGCAAAGGUCCCAGCGAGAGGCUGCCCCCCAGUGACAGGGCUGUGGCCAACAGCAGUCACGGGAAGGCUGCUCCGAGACAGACCCACACUAGGAAGAGUGGGGGCAGCUCCCCUGAAGCCAAGAAUGACCAGCCUCCCAGAUGUGAGAUCUCAGGCAAGGAAGCCAUCUCUGCCCUGUCCCGUGCCAAGUCCAAGCACUGCCGCCAGGAGAUCGGUGAGACCUACUGCCGCCACAAGCUGGGGCUGCUGAUGCCUGAGAGGGUGACGCGGUUCUGUCCCCUGGAGGGCAAAGCCAACAAGAAUGUGCAGUGGGACGAGGACUCGGUGGAGUACAUGCCAGCCAACCCCGUGAGGAUCGCCUUCGUCCUCGUGGUGCACGGCCGUGCCUCCCGGCAGCUGCAGCGCAUGUUCAAGGCUAUCUACCACAAGGACCACUUCUACUACAUCCAUGUGGACAAGCGUUCCAAUUACCUGCAUCGGCAAGUGCUGCAGAUGGCCAGGCAGUACAGCAACGUGCGCGUCACCCCCUGGAGGAUGGCCACCAUCUGGGGGGGAGCCAGCCUCCUGUCCACCUACCUGCAGAGCAUGCGGGACCUCCUGGAGAUGCCCGACUGGCCCUGGGACUUCUUCAUCAACCUGAGCGCAGCCGACUACCCCAUCAGGACCAAUGACCAGCUGGUGGCGUUUCUCUCCCGCUACCGAGAUAUGAAUUUCUUGAAGUCACACGGCCGGGACAAUGCAAGGUUCAUCCGGAAACAAGGCCUGGACCGGCUCUUCCUGGAAUGUGACGCACACAUGUGGCGCCUGGGGGAUCGGCGGAUCCCAGAGGGUAUCGCGGUGGACGGCGGCUCUGACUGGUUCCUCCUGAACCGGAAGUUUGUGGAGUAUGUGACAUUCUCCACAGAUGAUCUGGUGACCAAGAUGAAACAGUUCUACUCUUACACCCUGCUCCCAGCUGAAUCCUUCUUCCACACAGUCCUGGAGAACAGCCCCCACUGUGACACCAUGGUGGACAACAACCUGCGCAUCACCAACUGGAACCGCAAGCUGGGCUGCAAGUGCCAGUACAAGCACAUCGUGGACUGGUGCGGCUGCUCUCCCAACGACUUCAAGCCCCAGGACUUCCAUCGCUUCCAGCAGACUGCCCGACCCACCUUCUUCGCACGCAAGUUUGAAGCCGUGGUAAAUCAGGAAGUCAUCGGGCAGCUGGACUACUACCUAUAUGGCAACUACCCGGCAGGUACCCCAGGCCUCCGCUCCUACUGGGAGAACGUCUAUGAUGAACCCGACGGAGUCCAUAGCCUGAGCGAUGUAACACUCACCCUGUACCACUCGUUCGCCCGCCUGGGCCUGCACCGGGCAGAAGCAGCCCUGCACACAGCUGGCGAGAACAGCUGCAGGUACUACCCAAUGGGCCACCCCGCCUCUGUCCACCUCUACUUCCUUGCCGACCGUUUCCAGGGCUUUCUGAUCAAGCACCAUGCCACCAACCUAGCCGUGAGCAAACUCGAGACACUAGAGACGUGGGUGAUGCCAAAGAAAGUCUUCAAGAUUGCAAGUCCUCCCAGCGACUUUGGGAGGCUUCAGUUCUCCGAGGUUGGCACUGACUGGGAUGCCAAGGAGCGGCUGUUUCGCAAUUUUGGGGGCCUGUUGGGUCCCAUGGAUGAGCCAGUGGGCAUGCAGAAAUGGGGAAAGGGGCCCAACGUGACUGUGACCAUCAUCUGGGUGGAUCCUGUCAACAUCAUCGCAGCCACCUACGACAUCCUGAUCGAAUCCACCGCUGAGUUCACCCACUACAAGCCCCCUUUGAACUUGCCCCUGAGGCCUGGGGUCUGGACAGUGAAAAUCCUCCAUCACUGGGUGCCGGUGGCAGAGACCAAAUUCCUCGUGGCCCCUCUGACCUUCUCCAACAGGCAGCCCAUCAAGCCGGAGGAGACACUGAAGCUGCACAACGGGCCCCCGCGCAGUGCCUACAUGGAGCAAAGCUUCCAGAGCCUGAACCCCGUCCUCAGCCUGCCCAUCAGCCCUGCCCAGGUGGAGCAGGCCGGGAGGAAUGCAGCGGCCACGGGCACUGUGCUAGAGGGCUGGCUGGACUCGCUGGUGGGCGGGAUGUGGACCGCCAUGGACAUCUGCACCACUGGCCCCUCCGCCUGCCCGGUCAUGCAGACCUGCAGCCAGACAGCCUGGAGCUCCUUCAGCCCUGACCCCAAGUCGGAGCUGGGGGCCGUCAAACCCGAUGGCCGGCUCAGGUAGCACCGGACACAUGUGGGCCGCACAGGAUCUCAACAGGAAAGCUGCCCAGAGGGCUUGGUGGGGCCUCAACUCUGGCUUCCCAGUGCAGGGAAGCCUUUGUUUGUGCCAGGGGCUUGUCUGGCUAUAGAAUGAUGCAGACGGAAGAGCUGGAGGCCAGGGUAGGUUUGCCAGCACCCUGCACUCAGCAAGCUGUGAGAUGGCUCCAUGCCAGCGGUGGUCUCACCUCUUCUGGUUGAACCACAAGUUCUGCAGGUUUCUUACCUUUCCCCCAACCACCCCAACAACCAACCCUCUCCAGUCCUGCCAGUGAGUGGUCUCACACUUUCGUUUGGAGCAGCAGAGCUUGGCUUGCUCAGUACAGAAAUAGACAGAGGCUCAGGGUACAGGUGCAGGUGCAGAUGAAGUCCAGGCUGCUGUGGGUGCAGCUUCAGGUUCCAGGUCAUCUCCCAGAGCUCAGCCGGCCAUGCCAAGGCCAUCUCCUAUGGUACCUCUUCAGAACUCAAGGGCUCUGCCAAAUCCAGUUUGACAAGCACUGCCCAGGCCUCCAGUUUGAUCUACAGCCUCACCCGCUUCUCUCAGCUGGAGAAUACAUUAACUGUUGAGCCAGCCCUGAAAUGAAAGGCCCCUGGGAGCCCACAGGCCCUUCCCCCAGGGAGUCUAGCAGGCUUGGGAGGGCUUCAAGCCUUCCACCAGUCCCUCAUGGACUGAGCUGUUCUCCUUCGUCAACGAGAUGAACAGGAAAGUCUUGGUUGGGACAUGGCCAAGGCCCAUCCAGAAGUGUGGGAGAGAUUGGUCCAGAUCCCCCCUCUCCCUUAAGGCUGCCUCCUUUGGCAGCGGAACCGGGCUGAUGCUUGUAGAUAUGAGCCUCAAGUCUCUAAGCCAUUCACGGCCUGGAGACCAAGACCCUGGACCUCUGGUCCCGGAAAUUGAGAAUUUAGGGGGCCAUUGCCAUGAGACUCACGGGAACCUGCCUGGAACAAACUUCCUGAACUGGACAGCACAGCAGUGCCCAUCGUCCAGUAGAGCCCUUUGGUUCUGAGUUCAGGUGCCCAAAGCCCCUGGGACUCGCUGCCUUGGUGCUGCUGGAAGUGGCCAGACUGCAUGAACCAGCAAGCAGUGUUGCAGUUUUGGUUUGUAAUGUCAGGCCCUUCCUUAGCUGAGCUACCAACCCGGCCCAACUGAACAUGCAAAGUAGACAAAUAGCAGGUGGAGUGGCACAAACAGGAAGGCCAUUUGAAAUAACAAAACAAAAUCCAAGCUAGUAUUUUUCACUUUGUGUGGGCUAUCAGAAAGCAGGGUCAGGGAUUGGGAGAGCUCCUUUCCAUGCGCCCCCUGGAGGGCCACCCUGCCUCCUACAGUCCCAUCUUCCUGGGGAAAAGUCAUACCCCAAGUUGUCAGUGAUCCUCCGGGGUUGGAGGUACUGUGGUGAGCCCUCCCAAGGCCCUGCCCGAUGCCCUCACCCAGCAAGAGGUAGGGUGUCCUGUUGGCUGCAUAGAACACAGAGAAGGGACACUUUAGAUAAUUUAUUAUUUGUAUGUUUUAGUCCAUGACUAAUUCGUAGGUGCUGUUUUCGCAGCUUGUCGAUUAUGUUCUUAUUAACGGAAGCUGCCUUUGUUCACAAAAGGCCCCCCUUUCUCUCUCCGUCUCUGCAUCUGCCUUGUGUUCCCUCUGAGCCUCCCCUUCUUCUGAGUAUAGCCGGGAUGUUGGACCCCAUGAGGAGAAGGCUUGGACCUGCAUCACCCACUGGCUGGCUGCAGGGAGCCCUCGGGACACCUGGAGCCUGGCUCUUCCUUCUGAAUUGUUGGGAUUCCUGAACCAUGCCCACCCUAGGCACAGGGACAUGACAGUGGAGCAGUGUGGAGGUAGAGGUAGGGGUGCCUUGCUGAGUGCUGCCCCUGUUUGUUUCAUGCAGGGGCCCCCUCAGCCCAUCUCACCCAAGUCUAUCUCCCAACUUGGGUCUUGAAGUGAUAGCAUCAGAGGGAAGGGGACUCCCUUUGGAGGGAGAACCAUUGGAGACAGAAGGGAAGCUGUUGCAUGAGCUGCCUGUCCAGGACAGGGUUGGCCUCCAAGCAGAUUUUGUUAGAAAGCCCAAGGGACCACUAUGUGGCUUCCCAGACUCUGUGGGAAUCAUGGCCCCCAGCCCCUGCCUCUGACCAGCACAUCCCUGAGGGUGGAAGGGGCCAGCCAGUACAGCCAUUUAGGGAAACCUCUUCCAUCCUCCUCGCCUGGCUGCUGGAGUCCUCUGUUCUUUGCAGAGGUAUGGGGCUAAGCCCUGGUAGGACCGCUUGAAUGAUGGGAGCUGCAGGCACUCAGGCAGGGUCCUCUUGUCUGUCGCUUCCCUCCACCCUGAAGCAAGUGCAACAAUGAAAGAGCCAGCUUCCUCUGGGGACCACCCCUCUCUCGGGGAGUCACACACAGCAUUCCUUUGUCUUCUGUGUUUGGGGACCAGAGGAUAAUUUUUGCAGAUUUCCAUUUGGUUAAGCAGGGAGGAAAAGGGGAAAUUGCAAACAAAGCCCAGUGAGAUGUGAGAAAAGGACAUCUUGUCCUGGGAAAGGGACAGUGUAACUUCUGUUUUGUUUUGUUUUCCAUUGGCACGAGAAUGGUUUAUUUGUUGGAGGUCAUCUGUCAGGCAGCCUUGAACUGUGGCUGCCCCAGGACACGGAAGACACAGAGUUGUGGCCUCCAUAGGCUGGGGGCUGUUUCCCACCUGCCCCGUUAUGCCACCGAGGCUGCUGUCCAGCAUCAUGGCUCCAAGGUAGAAAUAAAUGGCCACUUCACAGGCCCCCUGGAUUUAAGAAGUACAUUUGGUCCUCCUUCCUCUUGGAAAAAGGUCUUCCAGUGGGACUAGGGCUCCCAUAGGCUUCAUUUCUCACUUGUCAAUUUCACUUUGGAAAUGUAAAGGGAUUUACAAAGGGUGAGUGAGUGAGUGAGCUCCAGCCGCCAGCCCAGAGUGGAAGGCUGUAUCUUCUCCAGUGGGUGGUGUCUUCUUCUGGGAGGGCGGGGACUGAGCAUCCUGUGGUUCUCUGCUUUUACAGACACGAGAUGGACACUGGCCCCCGUUGUGGAGCAGGUGCACAGGAAAGAGCUGGAGCAGCUAGGGGUGGGGUGGGAGCAAAGAUCCUUUUCACAAUGAAGUUUAUUCUGGAAUCAGGACCUAUGGGGCAGGGAUAGGCAAGCAGUAGCCAGCAUAGUGCAGCUUUAGAGGACAGCCCGGGACGCCUUUCAGACCAAAGCCACAGAUCUUAAGCAGGAGGCAUAGAUACCUGCUGAGGUCUCGGACUCACGUCCACAGGAGUUAGACAAAGGCCACCACCGGGCGAGUGCAUGCUCCAUCCAGAACUGUUGCUUCAUGUGAGAGUUCAAAUCCAUGGGAAUGCAAGCUUCCACUUAGGCAAAGAAAACCAUAAGCCAAGAUUUUUUUUUUCUUAAUUUUCAGUGUUGGCAAUUGAAAAAAAAAAAGAGCACAAAGAAAUGGCUCAUAGUUCCCACAUGGGCAUAGCUGGCAACAUCUGCUCCCUGGGGUGGAGUUGGGGCAACGGAAGAAGAAAUCCCUGGCAUUAGGGAAGUGCAGAGAGGAAUAGCUCGUGCGGAACUGGCCGCUCCCCUCCCUGAGACAAUCCUACAGAACAGAAGGAAUAGGAUUCGGAGGAGUCCUGAGGGCUGCAGCAUAGACACGCUCGGGUUCCCAUCUGUCUGGGUCUGCACCAUCAGGGAUCCCACCAAGCGUGGCCUGUGUGGCCAGGGCAGGGUCCAGGAGGAGCAGGACAGCCAGGCUCUGUCUGGACCCCAGGUCUUGGCAGCACCUUCUGCCUCCGGAAGCCACAUGGGGCCGCACACACUCAUGGGAUGCCCUCCUUGCUUCUGCUUCAUGGGUCCACCACAGACGCUACCUCAUUGUGUCUGCUGAGAAGUUUACCUAGAGAGGGGAAGGUGUCCAAAUCCACUGGGGCUAAAUGUAUGAUCUAUGCAAAUAUCCCUCUCUAUCUUUCUCUUGUCUCUCUUCUCCUUUUCCUCCUCUCUUGCUCUCUCUCUCUUAGAAGUAUUAUUUUUUAACCUUGCAAACAGAAUACUGUACUCUUAAGCCUGAGGAAGGCUUCUCGCCCCACCUGCGUCCACCCCUCGCGUUGUCUUUGCUGAGCCCCAGCUGGGGAGAAAGUGGCCUCCUUUCUUUCCACUUGGCUGUGGGACCCAGCCUCUGCCCAAGGCACCACCAGGAAGCAGGUUCUGCCCCUUGCUGCUCCACCCCCACCAACUUCCUAACUCCAUGCCCCCCAUUCCUCAUUCCCUUCCCACUUGCUUCUCCAUGUUCCUCUCCCAUCUUCCCCCCUUCCUCCCAAAAGCCUUAGGUUUUUCUCCUUUUUGAAAUGUGGCCUUAAAAUUAUUUUCGGGAAAGCCGACCACCCUCUCUCUCUGAGUCCUUCCAAUGUCACAGAAGGCAGAGCACCUGGGAGCUGGCUGUCACUUAAGGGCACCUCUGAAGUGAAAAGCUGCCCAUCGGCACCUUGUAGGUGCCAGGAACAUCUCCCACCAAGGGUGUCUUUAGGAAAGACAAGAUGAAGGCUUGGGUGCUCACAGGAGCUGCUGCCAGCUCUAGAGCAUUCUCUAAGCCUCAGAGGGAGGGGGCAGGGGCGAGGAACCUGGCACCUGCUGGGAGGAGCUGGCUAAAUGGGUCCUGCCCCUCCCCCGUGAGUGGGUGACUUCAAGUCCUCAUUCUAGGGUGAAUUGGAAGAGGCUCUGGAGCUCUUGUCCUGCCUGCCUGGAAUGGGAUCACAUUAGGUAUCCCAGCACAAGGGUCGUGUUCUUAAAGCGGUCACCCCCGCCUCCCCUUGAGACAACACCUCCUCCUGUUACUCCGUGCUAAUGGAGGCCAAAGACAACCCCAGGGUUUUCAUAGGAAAUUCGCUGGAAUUGAACGCAAUUGUCUUUGUAGUCCCUUUGUCUUUUUUUAAUUAUUAUUUUUAAUUUUUUAAAGAUACAGUUACGUUGUCGAUAGUGUUUAUUUGGGUACUUGUUGGAGAGGCCUCACCAUAAGUUAUUACUGUCCCCCUCAUUGUUUUCAAAGACAUGUGGUGAUAUAGUUUUUAAAAAUAACUAUUUUGUUAUAGAUCAUAAUAUGCAUAAAACUGUACAGAAAUAUUUUGUAAUGUAUUGAUUUUAAAAAAGAAUCUGUAAAUAAAGUUUUAAAAAAAAGAGUGAAUUCAAAUGGCACACACAGAAAGAUGUAGAUAUUUUGCUAUUUAUUUAAAGGAGUAUUUUAAGAGAUCUUGAACUAUCUGCAAUUGACCAACAUUCAAAGUUCCAAUCUCCAAUCAUUUCCUCAAAGCAGAGUGUGGCUCUCGGCAUCAAUUGCGUGACCUUCCCGUUUUUGCACCUUUUCUGUCUGUUUCAUUUAGCAGGAAAACCACCACCACAACAAAAUUGUGCCUUAGCUGUAUUUUUUCGUCUAGGGGAGUUUGUUUCUGUCUGACAAAGCAACAUUUUUGCAGAAAAACAGUGGAUGUACAAAAUACUGUAUCAUACCAAAAACACUGCAGGUGUAUAUAGAUGCUUUCUGUCAUACUGUGUUUUCAGAUGCAGAAUUUUAAAAUAAUAAAAAAAAAUACUGUCUUUAUG